AUGUCCAAGUAUAAACUACUUAUACAGUCAGCUAGCCAGAUUGUACAGGUUGUAGAUAAUGGAGCAAGGAUGUUAUAUGGUUUAGAUAUGAAACAUAUUGCUGUCUUAGAAUCAACAGAUCAGGGAUACAGUAUAAUCAUAGACAAUGAUGGUAGAAUACAUGAUAUUGACCUUGAUGAUGUUAUUAAUAAGAAAUAUAAAGAAGACACAUUCCACCAUGUAAUUAAUGCCAGGGGUAAAAGUAUAAUUCCAGGUUUCGUUGAUGCUCACACACAUCCGGUUUGGGCUGGUGAUAGAGUUCAUGAAUUUGAAAUGAAGCUUGGUGGCGCAUCGUAUAUGGACGUACACGAAGCUGGUGGUGGAAUCAACUUUACGGUAGAGAAAACCCGAGAAGCUGAUGAAGAAGAACUAUAUUCAUCGUUUGAAAAGCGGUUAAAGUGUAUGAGAGAAGCAGGGACUACUCUAGUAGAAUGUAAAAGUGGUUAUGGGUUAGAUACAGAGAAUGAAAUUAAAAUGUUACAUGUAAUAGAGAGAGGUCGAAGGAACUUUGGUAUCGAUAUAUCGAGUACUUAUUGUGGAGCACAUGCUGUACCAAAGGGUAAAACAGCAGAAGAAGCUACAAAAGAUGUUAUAGACAGCCAGAUACCAGCAAUACAGAAACUCAGAGAUCAGAAAAAACUACAUGUUGAUAAUAUUGAUGUUUUCUGUGAAAAGGGGGUUUUUAAUUUGGACCAAUCUCGUAAUAUUCUCUUGGCAGGGAAAACAAACAGUUUACAAAUAAACUUUCAUGGUGAUGAAUUAUUUCCAUUGCACUCUGCUGAGAUGGGAGCAGAAAUUGAUGCUACAGCUAUUAGUCAUCUGGAAGAAAUAUCUGUAGAGGGAAUGAAGGCUAUGGCUAAAUCUAAAACAAUCGGAGUAAUAUUACCUACCACUGCCUAUAUAUUAAGAUUACCAUUACCUCCAGUACGAUCUCUAAUUGAACAUGGUGUUCCUGUAGCUCUUGGUACUGAUUUCAAUCCUAAUGCUUAUUGUUGUUCUAUGCCUCUUGUAAUGCAUCUAGCAUGUGUAUUGAUGAAGAUGACGCUGACAGAAGCUCUAGUAGCAGCAACUAUUAAUUCAUCUGCAUCAUUAGGAUUGUCACAGGAUCAUGGUUCAAUAGAGAUAGGCAAACUGGGUAAUCUCCUCAUAUUGGACACAACAAAAUGGCAGCAUCUGAUUUACCAACUGGGCUGCCAUGAUCAAGUUAUAGAAUCAGUCAUUUGGCAUGGUGACAUUGUCCAUAGACGACAUGAACGUCAGUGAUACAUUUCCAGUCAAAAUGCAUUACAUGUAUUCAAAUUAACAGCAAUAAAUAAUUGCUUUUAU